UGAAGCGCUCGGGAAUCGGAACCUAAAUCAUUGUCCGUGAUUCUUACCGGAAAGAUUUAAUGGCGGACAGUAUUUUCGCGUUGCCUUGGCAGCCGGAAACGAACUGGCUGUAUUUGGCGUUGUAUGCUCUCUAGUAAUGACGGACAUUCAGGAGACAGGUCUUCUCAAUAGAGAGGAGAAUAUUGUUGAGAUGAUAGACUUGGAUGAGGAAGAAUUUGCUGUUUCAAAAUCAUCAGGGGCAGAUGCACUGUUUGAUACUGUCAUUGGGAACAUUGAGGAUAUCAUAAUGGAUGAUGACUUCCAGAACCUUCAGCAGUCCUUCAUGGAGAAGUAUUACCUUGAGUUUGAGGACACAGAGGAGAAUAAACUCAUUUAUACGGCAAUUUUUAAUGAAUAUAUUGAGCUCUUGGAGAAGUAUCUGGAGCAGCAAUUGAUCGAGCGGAUUCCUGGGUUUAACAUGAACGACUUUACUCAUUCUCUUAAUCAACACAGAGAAGAAGUCUCAGGGGAUAUAUUUGACAUGCUGCUCACCUUUACAGAUUUCAUGGCUUUUAAAGAGAUGUUUCUUGACUACAGAGCCGAGCGAGAAGGAAGAGGGCUGGAUCUCAGCACUGGCCUGGUGGUGAGGUCACUGAGAUCAUCCACUUCCACAGCAGUCUCUUCCGCACCAGGAUCAGACUCUUUUUAAACCAAGAAGCACUUCAGUCUCUUACACACACACACACACACACACACACACACACACACACACACACACACACACACACACACACAGACAAAAUAAAUGACAUAAAUUAUGUCAUCAUUUAUAUUUCCUCAGCUUGUACAGCUACAUAGGUUUUUUCUUUCUGGAGCCUAGUUUGCUGAAUUAGACCAUGAGUUUACGUUGGUUUAACACAAACUUAAUGUUAAUAGAAUCUGCUUUUGUAGUGCAGUUCCUCUCAGUGUUUUGCAGGUUUACUCAGACUGUCUGUGAUUUGUUAUAAUGAUCAUGCUACUAUACAGGUGAAUGUGGUAUCUGCUGUAAAAAGAGUAAAGCUGCUGGAGUGUGAGUGUGCAUGUAUGUGUGUGUGUGUGUGUGAGAGAGAGAGAGAGAGAGAGAGAGAGAGAGAGAGAGAGAGAGAGAGAGAGAGUGUUCUAAAACUGUUCUACAAUCUCAUGGUUCUUUAAAUAUGGGGAUUUCUACUCCAGCUUAUUUCUAGUUCAGCUUCUAGGCAACUCCCACAUGUAGAUAUUAAAAAAAGGUUGUGUUUUUUUUUGUUUUUUUUUGUAAUUUUUUAUUUAUUUAUUUCAUGUUGAUAUCAUGGGUAUGACCUGAAUGUUUGACUCACCCAUUUUUUUUUGUCUUUGAAUGUAAAUAUUACUGUAUGCUGAAGAAAGAAAGAACUCACACCAAAUAUCACAAAACGGCGAUUAAAAAAACGAACACA